AUCUCGCUCGCAGUCAAAAACAAUGAGGGCGCACGACGCGCAACUUGCUCCGAGCGUCUCCAGCCGCGGCGGAGUUUUUCCUCGCGCAGGACUCGUAGCAUGCGUCUGCACGCCAAACGGGCGGAGGAGGACCACGGCAAUAUAACUUGACUAUCUGCUGAGUUUGUUCUUUUCCUGUCAGCGGCAGAAAUCAUGCCUUUUUGCAAGCGGACUAUACUUCCGAAAGAUGUGUGCAAGCCCGACGGCAGGAGCCCGCUGGAGGCGCGUCCGCGGCGCCAGGCGGAGGUUUUCGGGGACUUGGUGGACGUGUGCGGCUUCACGCUGUGCUCGGUGCUGCGGCAGCUCGCGGAUCUGUCCCGGCACUCGGUGAGCAUCCUGGAGGACCUGGAGGGAGAGCUGGUGUCCGUCUGCCACCGGGCGGGCGCGCUGGAGGGCAGGGUGGUGCGGCUGCAGCGGCGCGUCGCGGAGCUGGUCAGCAAACCUCCGCCGAGAACCACCAGCGGUCUAGAGGCAGAGAGCGGCAGGCGCGGCGGCGGCAGCAGCAGCGGCAGCAGCUACGGCGAGGGCACCCACGGCGGCGGCGGUGGCGGCGGCGGCGGUGCGGCCCACUUCAGGUCUCCAUGGCAACAGAGCGUGAACGUGUUCGGCUCGUGGAGCAGGCCGGAGUGUGUCGAGGAGCUGCACCAGCAGGCGCAGCUCAACCUCCAGAGCCUGCUGCAAGACUUUGAGGAGCAGUUGUACGACUCCAAGCUGACCGGUCAGACUUUCCGCCAUCCGUCCUCGCAGAGCUCCGACGACGCGUCCACCUCGCUCAGCCGCUCGCCCGUCUCCCUCAACAACAAGAGACCCGACUUCAUCUUCCUGCCGGCCUCCAAACAGCUUUACGAAGAUGAAACCUCGUCCUCGGUGUUUGGCCUGAGGUCGGCGACGGACCCGUCUCCCUCUCCGUCCCCGUCGCCCUGCGGCUCAGACCGCCCCCCGCUGGGCUGGAGUAGCAACAACAGCAGCAGCAGCACGGCCACCUCCGCCACCACCGGACCACCCGUGGCGGAGAAGCCUCGCUGGCACCUCGGCAGACGCGCGCCGGCGAGCUUCAUUCCCCUCGACAUCACCGGGGAGCUGGGAGGGGGGAAAUUCCACGGCGUGGACCUCCUCCAGCACUCCCCGUCCCCAACCCCCUCGCCGGGGGACCCCUUCCCCCACCAGCCACGCUCCCUGGAACCCGUCACUGACACUCCCCACAGAAACCUCCCCCUGAGGAAGACCCACUCUGACCUCGAUACAACCUUACCUGCAGAUAACACUUCGCGUGCCCCGAACCAACUUCAUCCAAGCGCAAUGGACCAUUCUGGUCUGCUGUGCUCCAACACGCCAUCUGCCUCCUGGAAUGGACCUAAAGGCUCUACCUUCUCUCCCGGAGCAUGGAAUGAGCCUUACAAUUACAACAUGAACAAAGGCCCAGCGGUCCCACCAAAACAGCACAGCAUCAUUGGUACUGCAGCAGGAGGCGCACACGACGGGGUGAUGUUUGUGAGUUCAGGACAGUCUGUGAGCUCACAUUCCAGUUCGUUCACCUCUGUGACAGACUCUUCAGGGAGGGGAGGGAGUAGCAGGCCAGGGAUGGCACUGCCAGUGAUGGGGAAGCGGAGCGAGACCGAAGGGGCUGCAGCGGAUGGAGGGAGAGGGGGAGGAGGUGGAGGAGGAGGUGGCGCCGGUGAUGCGGGACGAGGGAGGGAGAGAUCGGCACGUUCCAUAGCAGCACAGAACGCCUUCAAGUUCCGGGAGCGUUCGCUUUCCACGCCCACAGAUUCUGGUUCCUUCUGCUUCGCAGAGGGCGUCGUGGGCGAGCCAGAGGAGAGCGUCCUGUCUGCAGGGAACGGAAACACUAUGCCAACAGACCACUAUCAGCAGCAUCACCGCUUUCUGGGGUUAGGUGAGAACUAUGCGCUCCUCUACCCCAGAGGGAGCUCUGAAGACAGCGCCAGUACGACCGAUACCAUCUCCGUCACGGCGUCAGACUACAGCGCCGAUGGCCGCUUGCGGCUACGCUCUCGCUCCAUUUCGCUCAAGAAAUCCAAGCGUAAGCCUCCACCUCCUGUAAGAAGUGUCUCUCUAAUGAAGAACCUCGGAGAAGCCGAGGGGAGAGUCCAUCAUAAGGGCGGUCUGUACCGUGAUGGACGACCAAAGAGCCUGCACAUUCCCAGGGACCACUUUCCCGACUUCCAGCCUGAUUUUCUCCUUCCAAGCUCAUCCAGCUCCAUUAAACCAAGUGGUGGUGGGAGAGAUCUGGGCCAUGGGGGCAACGAGGGACCACCGAGCCUGGAGAUUCAGGCUCCAGAUAGGGAGGGAGAGACAGAGCUGAACUUCCCUUCUCAUUGGCAGCUGGGAGACUGGAAGAAUGACCCCUACAGGUCUCUGUCAGGGUCCAGCACAGCAACAGGUACUACAGUGAUUGAAUGUAUGAAAGUCAGAGGUAGCUCAGAGUCUCUUCUUGACUCUCCCUCCACCUCAAGGGCCACCUCACCUUCACAGCUCUCCACAGAAGCUGACCUCAAAGCAUCGUCACCAUUCAAACCUCCAGGGCUUAUGUCCCCAUCCAGCGGCUAUUCCAGCCAGUCGGAAACUCCAACCCCAACUGUUCCACUCAGUCAGGUAGGGGGUCAUGGGACAGUUGGGACGUCUGGGUGUAAGAUGCGCCCAAAGAUACCAGAGAGAAAAUCCUCACUACCAUCACCCAAGGACCCAGUUGCGAGGUCAAGAUUGUCAUUUGAAAUGCCUGGGAAUGCACAUCUGGAGCUGUCUUCGAUCAAGCCAAAGCAAAGAGCCAGCAGGCGACAUUCCGACACCUCAACAGCAGCAAAACCUGGUAAAAUCAGCCCCAGUUCCUCACAGGCCUUGCCUGUGGUUACCCAGAAUGAGCUGCAGACUGUUCGGCUCCGCUCUGUCUCCCGUGGUGACCUGGAGGACUGCCCUGAUGGGGCAUCGGACACCAUUGAAGAAGAACAACAUGGGCGGGAUCUAGGCGAGGACCCCAGCCCUCCACUUACUCUACCAAAACCCAAACCACCGGUUGCUUUGAAGCCCCCUUUGCCCAAAAGGCCCAUUCACCUUCCUUUUAAGUCUGCUUCCCUGUCCUCCACUCCCUCCACUGGCCAGGACUCACCUCCAGCCUCACCCGUAGACCGCCCUGUGCCUCUAGGCAACAUUUACAAAGUCAUGAAAAAACCCAAACCUAAAAAACCUCCACCACAAGCUACAAUCAAUCCCUGUGUUCCCCCAGAUUCACAUUCGACCACAACUGCACAAGCCGCCUAUGAUCACCACUUUCUCCCUCACUCCCAGUCCCUCUUUGACCUCCCACCUCUUCCAGACCCCCAGCCUCUCCUGGAAGACCCAGUGUUGGAGCCUGAAUUUGAGGCUGAUCCAGAGAUCCAUCUUGGCCCUGAGGACGGAGGUUCACUCCCUUCACCUUGCAGUAACAAAGAGGCCCCAGAGCUCCAGGACAAAAGCAAAACCCUUCCUUCAAGGAUGACAGUGUCCUGUCUUAUAGACCUGUCAGAGAAAAAGAAGCCCAAGGUUCCUCCUCCAGUACCCAAGAAGCCGAAUGUCCUGCAUCUUCCCACGCCAGUCCAGUCCUCUGCCAACGGGGGCACAGAGCGGCAGACGCUGCAGAUUGACAGCCCCGUUGGCCUCCAGUCUCCAGUAGGCGCUUUCCUGCCAGAAGAUAUUUUGAUUCCAAAUGUUCCACACAUGCCAUAUGAAGACGAGAACCACUUGGGAACAGACGAGGAGAGUUCAAAGGAGUCUUCUCUACAGUCGUCUCUGCAGGAUUCCUCCCUCACAGAGCUGGAAGGGAAGAUGUCCACCACUGGUAUGGGGGCAGAUGAUUUAGCAGCCAAUGAGAAUACGGUCCUUCACAUCGCAGAGGACACAGAUGAUGACUUUCUGGCCAACACACCUACAACACACACCACUGAAGACCUCUUUACUAUUAUACACAGAUCUAAGCGAAAGGUUUUGGGGCGCAAGGAACCGACAGACUCCUUCGGCAGCCGUCAGAGCCUGGUGUCCCCUGUAAAGCACAGCACCAGCGGCAGUGACAUUCGAAACCUGACCUUGGGCAGCGGUCAGAGGUCCAGCUCCCGCAAUGAAAAUUUCAUGGCCCUGCUGCAGAAAAAAGGCAGCAAGUCUUCCGGCGGCGGGGCCAGAGUGUCCGCAAUGGAGCUGCUUAAAAGCACAAACCCUCUGGCGCGAAGGGUCACAGAGUUCUCGAACGCCACCUCAUCGGCCGCCGACGAGGGAGAGGCAACGCCUGGGAACGGCAAAAGCAACGAGCAAUGAACGGGAGCGUCACCAACUCGUCAACCGGGUCCGUUUGCUCUCGACAAUGCCACCAACGAAUCAUGACCCGCUGCUGACGGGGCCUGUGUCUAACACUCCAACUUCUGACUGACCAUUUGCACUCUCCAAUCAAAUCGGAGCACAAUCUGGAGUGAAAUGGUUCCUCCCAUGGUUGGAGUGCUAUCUAUCACCAAGCCCGUCUCUCUAGGGGAGGAAUUAGUAGAGAACAAAGUCUGUUCUUGCUAUAUUUGCAAUGAAAAGCUGGAGGAGGGGUUGAGGUCAUGCUCCAACGCCGCUCAGUAUUUUCCUCAGAGUUUUGUCAGAGCGUUGGCAGAUCGAUGGGCAGUGGAGCAGAUUCUGGGAGUGACACAUAUACAUGGAUAUCGUUCCUUCUGGCUCCUUCCGAACGAGUCCCUGACGACGACCACGGUUACUGCAUGUGCGCCUGUAACCAGUUAUACCAAUCUGUGACCACCGAGGAUCAGUUUUCACAUUAUAUCAGUGUGAAACCUUCAGAUUAUCUGUUCAGUCCGACCCCAGUCAGUCGUGCUGCAGCGCCGACGCCUGCAGACCUGCGUCAGCUGACGGGGGGGAGUUUUGGCACCUAGCGAGUUUUUGCUCCAAACUUUGGGCCACAGCGCUGCCUUCGCUCUGUGGCGUCAGCCCCGUUCGCGGCGGCUGAUUGAACAUACAGGUUUGAGCAGACGAAGGCGGCAGAAAGGCGUGAGAGCGACGCCGAUUUUCAUGCCGCGAACACGAUCGUGGACCUUCACAAACAUUCCACAGCGACACCUGGAGGAAGUGGCGUUUUGGAAUGCGAGCACUUUUGUUUGGCAUCAGAGGCGGUUUACACGGCGCAACCUUUGGCCUCGCUACGUUUCUUUUUUUUCCCCUCAAGACUCAUCGAUCAUUAUUUUUCCAAUCUUUGGUUAAACGCAUUCUUUUUGCUUAUAGUGUAUUUUUUCUACACAUGCUAGACGGCCAUAUUCUGUACAUGCUCCGUUGGAUUGUACUGUAUGUAUCUGUACAAAGAUAACUGUAAUGCGUAUAUCAUCAAAUAUCAUUUGCGAACACAGAGACUAAAAAUAAUGUACAGAGCAACAACAGCUUGGACUAGAAACUGCCCACGAGGGAAAACACACAUGAACCAAGGAUGGAACAAAACAGAGUGGACCUGUCUUCACCAGUGUGUUUGUGUGUGUGUGUGUCUGCGUGUGUGUGUGCAUAGAUGAAAUCAUGCCUGUGGAGUUUCUGCACAGAGAGCAUGAAGCAGGCACGAUUAUUAAACAGGGUUUUUAUUCAUUUUGGUCUCUAGUGACGGGACCAAAGGAUCUACAAACAGGCCAGAGGGGACCGAGGCGUGUGUGUGUGUGUGUGUGUGUGUGUGUGUGUGUGUGUGUGUGUGUGUGUGUGUGUGUGUGUGUGUGUGUGUGUGUGUGUGUGUGUGUGUGUGUGGAGGGAAGCACCAGGAACAAAGUGGACGAUGGGGAAGGAGGCGAGCGAGUCAUGCCUGUUUGUGUGUUUGGCUUUGCUGAGGGAGCGUCCUGGUUGGAUGUGCGAAAUCGAACUCGCACACAUUUCUGAGUGUGUGAUUGUGAUUCAGUCGUCGCCUUUACCUUCAUCUUCACCUUCACCUUCACCUGCCUGCCACCUGAAAGCAUUGCAGCCUGAAGCAUCCUUGCGAUGCUCCUGGGGACAUGUCAGUCAGUCACAGGUGCAGACUAGUGUGUGUUUGUGUUGCCUUCCUACAUGUAUGUGCACAUUAUUCUCUCGUCCCUUCAUCACACACUCCAUCGGUCUCUCUGCAUUCUGCAUCAUCUCUCCCUCUCCUCCAGCUUCUUCCGUUUCUGCUUUCCUUGCUGUCAUUGUCCUUUGCCUCUCCUCCCUCUGUUUGUGUUAACCUUCCCCUGCCUGGCUUCUCUCUCUCCUCUCUCUGCAUUCAGUCUAUGCAUCUGAGCUCAGCAGACAACACGACACCGAAUGAAUGUCAAUGAAUGACUGUUAAGAAAAUAGAUCAUGUGCUCAGUUUGAAAGUACAAAAAGCAUCUUUCUAUCUUUCUGCGUUUUCUCCUUCUUGCUCUUUGAGUUUUUAUACUUUUUCCUUCCUCUCGAAUCUCCAUGUCACAUGGAAUUAACAUGGAUGAAUGGAUGAAUUCAUGGAUAAGAACUGUGCACAAACACAGAAACAGGCAGGGUUUGAAUGGGUUUUUGUGUAAAGGACUUUGGCUUUUGGACUAGAAUGGAAACACCCUGUGGUCCCUGACCCCAGACCAGCCAGUUCUGCAUCGCCGUGUGGUCUGUCGGACUCCUUUGGAUUAACGGCUGUAACACCUGAUUCAUCCUCUACAUGGAUGAACUGUGCAGAGGGAAAAGCCAACAUCUCAACCCAUGUCCAAGUAGGCAAACUCGGUGCUAUUGAGUCAUAGCUCCUCCUAGUGGUUGGUUACAGUGGAGCCACACCUGACUGAAGGAUGAAAAACCAAACUCUGUCACAAACAUCUCUCUUCCCUACAACAGGCUUCAGGUUUUCCACCGUCCUGAUAAAUGCAUAAAUUAUCACCAUUUAUGACUAGUCAAGUGACGCUUGUUUUAAAUAUUUAGUGAAUGAAAAAAGAUAAACCUAUAAAACUGUGUUUUUUUUUGCCUUGUAUACUGAAUUAUAGGCGUGUUGCCUACUGUGCUUUUUUUUUAAAUAUUAUUUUUAAUUUCAGCUGCCUUGGUAGUAAACACACACACACACACACACACACACACACACACACACACACACACACACUUAACAUAACCUUUGCUCAACUGGGCCAAAAUAGCAAAAAGUGACAAAAGUGGAACAACCCUGUUGAAUUUGAAUCAGUGUAAGUUUGGUUUCACUGAUGACCCGUCAUUUAUAUCUAAUGCUAACAACUUGUCCCAGUCUGCAGAACAUGGCAGUGCAGCGAUCUCUCCGCUCACAGCGUUGAGUGUAAAGGCUCGGUUUGUGUCUAGGAUUUACAAGCCAUGGCGGGUUUAUUUGUUCAUGUGUGGGCAGAUUGCAGAUGUCUGAAACGCGACACCCUUGGUUCUUGUUUUCUUUCUUUUUUUUUUUUUUUUUUUUUUUUUACAAAUGUUUUUCAGACACUGAGAAGCUACAGAGGCAGAAAUAAUCACCAAUUAGCGGAGCCAACAAACCUUACUGCCAAGUCGGUGCCAUGUAUUUUAUUUAAUUUUCAGUUUUUCUAAACCUUAAUUAAUUUCUACAUAAGAGACAGCUAACAUUACAGUGGGACCUUAGUGUAUUUGUUGAAAUUCUUCCCAGAGUUUCCAUAUUCACUGCUCCUCACUGAAGGUUUAACAGCCAAUGAGAUUAUUUCUGCCAAAGGAGCAGCUCAGCCUCUGAGAAACGUCUGGUAAACUAAAUUACCAAUCUCUAAAAUACUUUCACAAAAUUCUAUAUUAAAAAUGACAUUUCUAAGAAGUAGGAAGAGAGUAGCUAUAUGAAAUAUUGAAUCCAUUAUUCCUUCUUUAGGAGGGCGCGUAUUGGAGAGGGGGGUGAGUGCAGAUGAGGGUGUGGGGCAGAGUUAUGAAUCUGCUGAGCUUGCGGAUUACCACGCUGACAUUUAUACAUAUUCCAUCAUCUUUCCCCUCACCUCCUCUCUUUCUGCCGCUCUCUUCUCAGCCUUUCGUGUGACUCAGAGGGGUAAUCACGUUAAAAGCCUCUCCCGCUCUCUCAUUUUCUUCCCUGCUCCCAGAUAAAAGGUGGCAAAGCAAGAAAGCGCGGAACGCUGCUCGUUAAUUAAUUUGGUUUAACUUUACGGUCGGCCUCUGGAGAUGCGCAGCGGCCAAACAGCAACCUGUUGCUAGGAGACACAAAUAAAAGUUAGAUGCGUUGCCGGAGUCUUGACUAGGAUGUGGUUCUGUGAAGCCGACAGAAAGAUCACAGUUUACCUGAGUAAACGAAGCAAAGCCCGGUGAGAAGAGCGUUUAUAGUCAUUCGCAGAGUUUGAUGAAUGGAGCAGCACUAAUGAGAGAGAGAGAGAGAGAGAGAGAGAGGAGAGAGAGAGAGAGAGAGAGAGAGAGAGAGAGAGAGAGAGAGAGAGAGAGAGAGAGAGAGAGAGAGAGAGAGAGAGGGAGAGGAACCUUGGCUGCAGAUUUAGGCCAAGGAGUUUACGAGAGGUCAGGUUAUAAUGUGUUUGGACACUUAAAACCCCACCCUCCUGCCACUAUAAGCUAAGUAAAUCAAACCCCACCCAAGCCCAAUUUUAACCUCCGGUUUGCUCGUGGGCUGUACAGGUCGCUAAUAAAGACACAGAUGAUAAUUAGAGAGAGACAGAAAGAGUUAUUGGAAUUGUUCUAUUUUUGUUAUGCGUCAAUGAAAAGUACAUAUUUAAAGGAAUAUUCCGUGUAUGUAUUAGACAACCUGAUUCCCUGCCCCGUCCUAUGGUGUGAUCUGUAGCUGCAAGGUGGCAUCACACACAAACGCUUCCCUCUGCAGUCAUGCAAUGCCAAUGCGAUGAAAUUAUUAUAUCCUUAUGAAUAAAUUAUUUUCUUGCUUAAAAAAA